GGUUCUAUGCAACAAGUUAGCUCCCAUUUCUUAGAGCAGACCCUUGAUAAGAAGCUCAUGUCAGAUCUGAGGAGGAAACGGACUGCACAUGAACGAGCCAAAGAGCUCUACAGCUCUGGGGAGUUCUCAAGUGGCCGGAAAUGGGGAGACGAUGCUCCCAAAGAAGAGAUCGACACGGGCGCUGUGAACCUCAUCGAGUCGGGAGCUUGUGGGGCCUUUGUUCACGGCCUGGAGGAUGAGAUGUAUGAGGUUCGGAUCGCUGCGGUGGAGGCCCUCUGCAUGCUGGCUCAGUCUUCUCCUGCUUUUGCGGAGAAAUGCCUCGACUUUUUAGUGGACAUGUUCAACGACGAGAUCGAGGAGGUGAGGCUGCAGUCCAUCCACACGAUGAGAAAAAUCUCCAACAACAUCACGCUGCGAGAAGACCAGCUGGAUACUGUGUUGGCUGUCUUGGAGGAUUCUUCGAGGGACAUUCGGGAAGCUCUUCACGAACUGUUGUGUUGCACCAAUGUCUCCACUAAAGAAGGCAUCCACCUUGCCCUGGUGGAGCUCCUGAAAAACCUGACCAAGUAUCCCACAGACAGAGAAUCCAUAUGGAAAUGCUUAAAGUUCUUGGGGAGCCGACAUCCAACUUUGGUGCUUCCAUUGGUCCCGGAGCUCCUGAGCACACAUCCUUUCUUUGACACUCCAGAACCAGACAUGGAUGACCCAGCCUACAUUGCUGUUCUGGUGCUGAUUUUCAACGCUGCUAAGAGCUGCCCCACGAUGCCCGCGCUCUUCUCGGACCACACGUUCCGGCACUACGCCUACCUGCGCGACAGCCUCUCCCACCUGGUGCCUCCCUUGCGACUGCCGGGUAGAAAGCUGGUGUCCUCCCCUGUCUCUCCCAGUAUCACCCCAAACGAGGACCCUUGCCAGCAGUUCCUGCAUCAGAGCCUGGAGAGGGUUUACAACCUCCAGCACCUCGACCCGCAGGGCGUCCAGGAGCUGCUGGAAUUCACCAUCCGGGACCUUCAGAGGCUUGGGGAGCUGCAGUCAGAGUUGGCGGGGAUGGCAGAUUUCACCGCAACUUACCUUCAAUGCCAGCUGCUCCUCAUCAAGGCCCUGCAGGAGAAGCUGUGGAACGUGGCAGCUCCACUGUACCUGAAACAAAACGCGUUGGCAUCUGCUGCAGCCAGACAGAUCCUGGAGGAGACUUAUAAAAUGGAGUUCAUGUACAGCGGCGUGGAAGGCAGACAGGUGGUCAUUAUCCACCACAUGAGACUGCAGGCCAAGGCUCUACAGCUCAUAGUGACUGCACGGACCACCAGAGGAGCUGAACCCCUUUUUGGGAUGUGUGAAAAGUUCUUGCAAGAAGUAGAUUCUUUUCAGAGGUGUUUCAUCUCAGAGCUCCCACACAUGCAAGGCAGCUUUGUCGAUAAGUUGCUGGACUUAAUGCCCAGGCUCGUGACCUCCAAGCCCUCGGAAGUGGUCAAGAUCCUUCAAACAACACUACGACAAAGCACCUUCCUCCACCUUCCUCUUCCAGAGCAGCUCCAUAGAGCUACUGCAACUAUCAUUGAGCCUACAGGGGAAUCGGAUAACCCGCUGCGGUUUACGUCGGGCUUGGUCGUGGCGCUGGAUGUUGAUGCAACUCUGGAACAUGUACAGGAUCCCCAGGGAACUGUUAAAGUUCAGGUAUUGUACCCAGAUGGACAAGCACAGUUAAUCCACCCCAAACCAGCUGAUUUCCGAAACCCAGGUCCCGGGAGGCACAGGCUGAUCACACAGGUCUACCUCUCGCACACGGCCUGGACAGAGCCGUGUCAGAUUGAGGUGAGGUUGCUGCUGGCCUACAAUUCCAGUAGGAGCAAGGCUGCUAAAAUUCCCAAAUCCACGUGGAGCGACAGCAUGGAGGCUCUCCCGCCAUCUGAAAACGGCAUCGAGGGCACCAUUCCGUUCAGCAAACCCGUCAAGGUUUAUAUCAUGCCCAAACCUGCCAGGCGGUGAAGUCUGUCACGGAAAAGCACCUGUUCAUGGGACUGUUGGGAUACGGGAAAAC